CGUUGCUGUUCGUGCGGUUCAGUUCUUGGCGAGGCGUUAGACAGUGUAGUGCAUGGUGAACGUGUUAGUGCGGAUAGUGCGAACGGAGUGUUUAAAUUGGCCGUGCUCACGAGACUGUGCACCGAACCCCCCAAAGGCAGGCUGGUGUGUGUUUAUGGUCGUUUCGGAGUGUCGCUAGUGAAACAGAGGAUAUGGCGCUGCAGUUGGUGCUGCUGUACAUUAGUGCGGCAUUGGCGUUGGCCACCUUGGUUUGCGUGCGAUGGAAACGGCGGAAGCUGUACGCGGCGGCCGCCACGAUGGAUGGACCACCGUGCCUGCCGCUGCUUGGUCAUGUGUAUCUUAUCUUCGGCAAAAGAUGUGGAGAAGAUAUUUUACAGGUAUUGGACCGAUACGCACCGCGAUAUAAAUCCCCCAUCGGAAUAUGGAUGGGACCAAGGCUGAUUGUCGGUAUCAAGGACAAUCCUGACUAUUUCCAAACGGUCAUGAACUCACCCCACAUGUUGAACAAAAUGGAUCAGUACAACUUUUUCCGGAUUGUCAAUGGACUUUUCGCUGCGCCAGAUCAUACGUGGAAAAAUGAACGCAAGCUGCUCAAUCGCUCGUUCAGCCCAACGAUGCUGUCCAGCUUUGUGGAUAUUUUCAACGAUAAAGACUUUAUAAUGGUCGAGAAUCUGCGGAAAUUCGUCGGAAAUGGUGAAGUUGAUUUACAUUUGUACAUAGCCAAGUGUACCAUCGAUUCGAUAUUUGGAACGGCCUUUGGCAAGGAUCUCAACACGCAAGGAAACGAUGGCGCUGACGAGUACCUGCAUUGUCUAGACACAUUUUUCUCGCUAGUGUUUAAGCGCAUUCUUCAUCUGGAACGCUAUUCGGAAAGUAUCUAUCGCCUUACAAAGGAUUACGAGCUUGAAACGAACUGUGUAAACAUCAUCAGAAACAUGUCGCUGGACCUUAUGAAAGAGUUGAAAGAAAAUUACAAAAACUCUAAGGCUACAGUGAAAGAAGAUGCGUACGAGCGCAAGCCGGCUCUGAAUUUUGCUGAAAAUUUGUUUGAGUUGGCAGAAAACAAUCCCUCCCUACCAGAAGAUCAUAUAAAAGACCACAUAGAUACGAUGAUUGUAGCUGGUCACGAUACGACUGCCACCACCAUGUCGAACCUGCUGCUAAUGCUGGCAAUGCAUCCCGAGGUGCAGGAAAUGGUGUACCAGGAGGUGAUGAGCGUGUGUCCAGACAAAUCGAAACCUGUAACAAUGGAAGAUGUCAACAAUCUCGUGUACACGGAGAUGGUGUGCAAAGAAACGAUGCGUCUGUUUCCUGUUGGCCCUCUGAUCGGCAGAAAGUGUGUUGCAGAUGUUAAGCUGGAUGAUAAACACACCAUACCGGCGGGCUGCUGUGUAGCGCUCGGCAUCUAUCAGAUACAUCGAGACCCGACGAUCUGGGGACCCGAGCCGGGAAAGUUCAAUCCCGAUCACUUCCUGCCGGAAAGGGUAGCUGAGCGACAUCCGUACGCGUAUCUACCGUUCAGUGGAGGACCUCGAAACUGUAUCGGUAUCCGGUAUGCUUGGCUGUCGAUGAAAAUUCUCAUCGCACAUCUGGUGCGAAACUAUCGUUUCAAGACGACGCUCAAGAUGGAGGACUUGGAGAUAAAGUUUGCAAUCAUUCUAAGAAUUAUGAACGGGUGCCUCGUAUCGAUUGAAGAUCGUAGCUGUAGUCCUGUUUAGUUAGGGUGCCUGAACCAGCUGUAGCAGCUGGCUCGAUUAAAUUGUGUCCAGGAGAAUAAUGUAAUCUACCAUACGUACUGGUUACAGCUACUGUGUAAACGCUAACUUUCGAACUAGAUGAUCUUCUUGAGUUGAUAUCCUAUAUCGCUAUAACCAGAAACGAACGGCUUGUGAUCGCACAAUGGUGACAAAGCGUUAUGAAAUGGCUGAUGAAAAUGUAACUCAAAACGAAAAAAGGCGUUUCUACUACAGAGGCACAGCAAACCCAUCCUAAUAAUUUACACCUUGAAAUAAG